AUUCCACCACCAAUCUCCUUUGUGCCCACCAGAGACACCGGUUGAGACCCCUAACACCUCUCUCGCAGAUUCUCUUAUACAGUCCGCUGCUGCUGAUCACAUAGUGUUCGCAUUCCCACUACUCCUCCAAGUUCCCAUACCUGACAACCGACACUCCAAAUAUAUUUAAGAUGGUGAAUGUUUAUUUUGUUUCUACUAUUGUAUUUGAUCAUUUGGGUUUUAGUGGAUGGUACUAUACAACCAUGUGCUGUUGGUAUGAAAAAAUAAAGUUCACCUUUCAAAGUCAAGGCAUCAAAACCUCUUUCUGUAGUGUACCAGUAACAAUACUUGAAACUUUGGAGCUAGAAAAGGUAAAAUGGAGAGAGAAGCCACAAUUUGACAUAUCUUGACUUUUCCAUAAACCAAUUAUGUGCUGGAAAUUGCAGAAAAUAACCUCAUGAUAAUAGGUUAAGCUCUUGUGAAGAGUUUAUGUGUAGUCUGUCACUCGACAUGUUCGUUAUCAUUUCUUCCUGGAGCAUGGAAUAUAUGACCUUAGGAUGGCAGAAUUCUAACAGAGAUAAAUCUCUUUGUUAGAAUAGUUAUGUAACCCUAAUCCCAUAUGUAUUAGGAGUAGGACAUGUUAUGUAUAUAUAUAGGGCUCAUUAUAUCAUGUUUAACAGAUGGGAAUAAUAUCAAUCAUAUUUUCUCCCGUGCAUUCUCACAUGGUAUCAGAGCAAUUGUGAGAGAUUUAUCGCUGUGCACAAAUUCCAGCGAUUUCAGGAAGAGAAAUCAGUCACCGGAAGCCUUUUUCCGGCGACAUUUUCAAGGCUGUUUGUGUUUGCGUUGUCUCUGUUAGUGUUGUGCAAAAUCCUACACUACCACAAGAGUCGCCACUGUCCGGUGACCAAACCCUAGAAAAAUCUCCGGCAACAGAAGUCCCACGCGCCGCCACGCGCCACUAGAAGCUCACGCGCGUGAGCUCACAUGCCGGCGCGUGCAGAACCCUCCGGCCAUUUUUUGAAAAACUUUCUUCAGAACAGUUGGGUCGUGUACCAAUUCCGACCCCACCCAUACUGUUUUCGUUUGAUUCCGACCACUUUGAGUUUUUCCGGCAGCUACAGUAAUUUUCCGGCAAAAAAAACAGUGUCUCCAUCUGUUUCAGCGAGUUUUCAAUUGAUUCUUUCUGUUAUUUGGUGAUAAUUUUAUAGACCUCACUUCAAUCCAACGAUGUCUUUGGGAGUCGAUGCUUUCGGGUCUAAAAACCCGGGUUUUGGCAGUUUCGGUAUUAUGAUCACCUCAGAACCUUUAAUGGGAAGUUCAAACUACUUAGCUUAGGCUUCGUCUGUCGAGUUGUGGUGUAAAGGUCAAGGAGUUCAAGAUCAUUUAACAAAAAAGGCUAGCGAAGGUGAUGAAAAGGCCAAAACACUUUGGGAGAAGGUCGAUGCUCAGUUAUGUAGUAUCCUGUGGCGAUCUAUUGAUUCCAAGUUGAUGCCCUUGUUCCGUCCAUUCCAAACAUGUUAUUUAGUUUGGGAAAAGGCUCGUAAUUUAUACACUAAUGACAUAUCUCGUUUCUAUGAUGUAAUAUCGUGAAUGAUAAGCUUGAAGAAGCAAGAAUUGGAUAUGUCUACUUACUUGGGACAAGUACAGGUAGUCAUGGAAGAAUUUGAGACAUUGAUGCCAGUUUCUGCUAGUAUUGAAAAGCAACAAGAGCAACGACAUAAGAUGUUUCUAGUUCUUACACUCGCUGGACUCCCUAAUGACCUUGAUUCAGUACGUGACCAGAUUUUGGCUAGUCCGACUGUCCCCACAGUUGAUGAAUUAUUCUCUCGAUUACUUCGCCUUGCUGCAGCACCUAGUCACCCAGUGAGCUCAUCACUAACACUUGACUCAUCUGUCCUGGUAUCCCAGUCAGUGGACAAUCGGGCAUCUCAAACUAUGGAGAAUAGACGAGAAGGAGGUCGUUUUGGAAGAUCUAGACCCAAGUGCUCUUAUUGUCAUAAACUUGGAAACACUCGUGAAGUGUGCUAUUCUUUACAUGGUCGCCUACCCAAAAAUGCUUAUGUUGCUCAUACCGAGACUACAUGUAACCAGGGAUUUUCUUUAUCUGAAGGGAGUAUAAUGAGUUCCUUCAAUAUCGAGCAAGUAAGCAGAUAUCUCCACAAGUAGCCUCUAUUGCUCAGACUGAUACUUCUGUUGCUGGUAAUUCUUUUGCUUGUCGUUUCCUUGUCUAGUACUUUUGGACAAUGGGUUGUGGACUCAGCCGCUUCUGAUCAUAUCUCUGGUAAUAAAUCACUUUUGUCAAAUAUUGCGU